AUGGUGACUCGUGCCACUGCUCCUCCUGCAGACGGCGGCCAGCAGAUGCCGCCCCGCCUGUCCGCCGUCAACCUGCCCUCCAUUCAAGACCUGAAUCUGGGCGCUGAGACGGCCCGCGCCGCCGCCGCCGCUCAGCCUUCCUUCCAAGCCAGAGGCUUCGCCACCCACCUCUCCAAUCCUCCGCCCUCCCGCCCCGCUCUCCCUCACCUCCCGCACUCCCAGACCUUUGGAUCCUUUGAGCAGAGAGACCGCGGUGCUGUCGAGUCAGCCGCCCCAUCCCCCACCCAGGGCGCCCUCCACACUCCCGCAACGCCAUCAUUCCCCGCGGCCCAGCUCAAGGACGAGUGCUCCCGCUGCGGCGCACCUCUGAGCUCGGCGCAGGCUGAGUGCUCCUCAUGUGGCCACUUCCGCUUCAUCCACCCGUUCCAGCCUCAUGCAAGACACCUUGGCGCCGGCUUCGAUGACACUUUCCAAGUAGGCCCCAUGUCUCGGCGUGGGAGCGGCGCCCGGAGCUCCUUCGAUUCCUUCUCCUGUGGAUCUAACCCCCCCUCCCGUCGUGGCUCGUGUGUGGCUUAUCCCGGCGUAACCAAGCCCACCUCUCGCCGCAAGUCGGUGGUGACGUCAAGGAAGACGUCGUUCCAACAGGAGCUUCAGCAGAAGAACAAGGCAAAUAGGGAGAAGUGCUCUCGCCGAGCUCUUCGCCAUGAGCACAAGAAGAUGGAGAUUCGGCAGCAGGCCCGGGGGUGGUUCGCCAACACUGAUCUGAACACAAACAACAAAAAGAACUCAGGCCUGGAUGGCAAGAAGCUCGAGAUCCUGCAGCAGACGAACAAGGAGGCGCGCAACAAGGACCUCAUGCUGCUUCUGCAGUAUACCAACCAACGGCGCAUGCUACAGCUUCUGCAAAGCAAGGCCGAGCUGACCGCGGACAACGUUGCAUGGUUAAGAGAUGUCGAGCACGACAUUGAGUUGGACUCGAGGAAGCUGGUCAAGGCCUUGGAGGCGGAAGAUGUGGCCAUCGAGAAUUAUUUCGAGAAAGAGUCGCAGAAAGAGGCGGACGCCAUGGCCAAGGAGCGGAAGAACGGUCGGUAUCCUACCCCGUUAUCUUCGUCAACCUCGCCCAGCCCGACUCCCACUUGCCCUCCCUACUGA